AUGGCGACAGAACAAGAUACAGUUUCGAAAGCAAGCAAAAGUGUGUUUGCGGAUGCCCCCGUAAACGCGCAGAAUAUACCGCCCACUGUGACAAUAGUGUCUUCCGACCCUGAUACACUGAUCAAAAAGAAGAGACAAGACAUUUUGAUUUCCUGCUUUGUUGCAUCUCCACUGGGCAAGCUUUCUCGCACGAAAAGGUCGCGAUCUGUAGAGGAUGAGGGAGAGCAAAAGUGUAGCAAGAAAGUGCAUUAUGACACAGAUAGUGAAAAUGGAAUACUGACCGAAUAUGACAGCGAUAUCUUUAGGUACUUUUAUGAACGAGAACUUGAUUUGCUUCCGCAACAUGACUACCUAGCUGAUAAACAAUGCAUUUACUAUUUGAGACCGAAACUAAGAGCCAUUUUAAUCGACUGGCUGGUUCAGGUGCAUUGGAAGUUCCAAAAUGUAACAGAAACACUCCUGUUGACAAUUAACAUAAUGGAUAGGUUUCUGUCUAAUAACAAGGUGAAACUUGCUAAGUUGCAACUGGUUGCCAUUACGUGUCUCUUCAUCGCAUCUAAAUUCCAAGAAAUAACCAUGCCCAAAUUAUCGAAUUUUGUCUACGUCACUGAUGGUGCUGCAACUGCUGAUGAAAUCAAGUUGGCAGAAUUCCAAAUCCUGCAUCAAUUGAAUUUCGAGAUAACCUGGCCAAACCCUUUGAAUUUUAUUAGAAGACUCUCCAAGGCUGACAAGUACGAUCAAGACACAAGAACUACAGCGAAACUCCUCCUCGAAUACGCAUACUGCUCUCCCCUUUUCACUAAUCUGAAACCUUCUCUCAUCGCUGCUAUAUGCAUGUAUACAGCUAGAAGAUUCAUUUUGUCAAAGGUAGAUGGCGAUGAGGGGGUAUGGAAUCAAAACUUUUUGGAAUGCAGUGGACAAAUAGAUGCUGAUAAUGACAGAGUGUUCCAAAAUCUUGCUCUCGAACUCAUUAACGAACUUGCAUAUCCAACUACUAAAUUGGAGUCCUUAAUCGACAAAUACAGAAAGGAAACUAAAUCUAACAUUCAUUCCCUAGUACAAAAAUGGUGUAAGAACUACAUUUCUAAAUAA